AUGUCACAAUUUAACUAUUUUAAUGACAUGAGUAAACAAUUGAACCUGGAUGGAGAGUUGAAGAAUCAAAUAAAGCCGAGAUGGCAGAGAAAAAUGGAUAAUUCAAUCAAUAAUUCGUCAAUGAUGAAUAAUUCUAAGCUGUCAAUUUCUUACAAUAGUAGUUAUGUCUCAGCUUUAGCUAAUAUGACAGUUAAUAACCCAAAUAAGACACCAAACAAACAGACUUAUGCAGAAAAUGCAUCAAAAAAGAAAACUCCAAAUGAUAAGAAAUCACCAGGACGAAAAACACCAACACCGAAUAAGAAUAGGACACCGACAAGCAAAUGCGGUGGUGAUCGUUUCAUUCCAAAUCGAGGAGCCACAAACUUUGAGCUUGGCAAUUAUCUGAUUAAACAGGAACAACAGAAACAACAAGAAAAUAAUAAUGAGAAAAAUUCCGAUAAUAACAUUCAGAAAUCACCAAAUGACAAAAUCCGAGCUAUUUCGGAAGCUUUACAUGGUGUUGAUAUUACAAAAAAGAGAAUCUUAGCUUAUCAGACAAAAGCACCAGCACCGCCUGAAGAUCAUUUAAAUCCUCUAAAAGUUGUGUACUCAACUAAAACACCAAUGUCUAUGAAAAGUGGUUCACGAUACAUUCCGACAAUUCCAGAGAGAAUUUUGGAUGCUCCUGAUAUCAUUAAUGACUAUUACUUAAAUCUUCUCGACUGGAGUUCCGAUAAUAUUGUUACAGUUGCACUCGGUCAGAGUGUUUAUUUAUGGAAUGCUGGAACUGGAAAUAUUGAAAUAUUAUUUGAGAAUCAAGGAUCUGAUCAUACAUGUUCACUUUCAUGGAUUGAGGAAGGACGAACACUUGCUGUUGGAAAUAGUAAUGGGGCCGUUGAGUUAUGGGAUUGUGUAAAUAUGAAAAGACUGAGAGUGAUGAAUGGUCAUUCAGCACGUGUUGGAUCGUUAAGUUGGAAUUCAUGGCUUAUUUCGAGUGGCUCUCGUGAUGGAAAUAUAAUACAUCAUGAUGUUCGUCAACGUGAUCAUCAAGUAGGAACAUCAAAUGGACAUUCGCAAGAAAUAUGCGGAUUAAAAUGGUCAUUAGAUAAGAAAUUUUUAGCAAGUGGAGGAAAUGAUAACAUAGUAAAUGUUUGGGCAGCAGAAGGAACUUCUGGAACCAGCUCUACACCAUUGCAUGUAUUAAAUGAACAUCAAGCAGCUGUUCGGGCACUUGCUUGGUCUCCAUGGCAAUCAAAUGUUUUAGCAACAGGAGGAGGAACUGCUGAUCGAUGCAUCAAAUAUUGGAAUAUUAAUAAUGGCAGCUGUACUAAAACAAUUGAUACAAUGUCACAAGUCUGUUCAAUUCUCUUCUCGAAGAAUUAUAAGGAAAUCAUUUCAGCACAUGGAUAUGCCAAUAAUCAAUUGACAGUCUGGAAAUAUCCCUCAAUGGUUAAACAAGUUGAUCUCACGGGACAUACUCAAAGAGUCCUUCAAUUAGCUAUGUCCCCUGACGGAAGCAACGUAAUGAGUGCAGGAGCUGACGAAACUUUACGACUUUGGAAAUGCUUUGCAGAAGAUCUGACCGUAAAGACUAAAAAAUCUGCUGCAAAAGACAAGACAAGUUUCCUGACUAAACAAAGCAUUCGUUAA